AUGACCUCCGGCCCUUUGCAGCUGUGCUCAGGGCAAUUCAGCCAGGCCAACCUGGAUGGCCUAGUUCUUGGCAGCUUGGAUGCCGAAAGCUUGCUGGAGGUGCCGAUGACCUGCCGCGACAUCCAGCGAUCGGUGAGAAGUCUGGAAGACAGCCUUUGGAAGGAGAUCUUGCAGGAGACGGAUUUUUCCAUGCCAGAAGAUCCUCGUGGGACUCCAAGUGCCAAUGAGCUGAUUCCCAAAUUCCAGUACCGAUUGCGCAGGUACCUUUCGCAGCGUGGUCUACCAAGCCUUCACGAUGCUUGA